AAAGCGAUUUUUAAUCGCAUCUUAUCAAAUGUUUACAAGCAGUAUAAAAACAUUUUCAAAUUACAUAUUUGCCAUGGAAUACUGGUUGAUAUUGUUAUCGAUAGUGAUCGGUGUGGUCAGCAUUGAUUAUCUUUUUAGAAGAUUUAAUUUCUUUAAAAGACAUGGUAUUAUACACAUACCGCCUCUUUCGAUCUUCGCAAUAAUAUCGAUUAUACUUCGUCGAAAAUCAUUCGUCGACUUUAUCUUGGAAGUAUACAAUUUCAAUCCAAAUGCUAAAUAUUACGGAUUUUAUGCCAUUAUAAAUCCAUUCUUCGUGCUUCGCGAUCCGGAACUCAUUAAGACUAUUCUUGUUAAGAAUUUCGAGGCAUUUCCAGAUCGUCCUGGUUUCUCCGAUUUAAAUAAUCUUUUGCUCGAGAAAAAUUUGUUUUCUCUUCGCGGAGAAAAAUGGCGGAACGUGAGAAGUCUUUUGAGUCCCUCUUUUACGUCCAGCAAGAUAAAAAUGAUGUUCACGUUGAUGUCGGAAUGUGCUGUGGAAUUUGCUAAAUUUCUGUCAGCGUUGCCAACGAAUAAAUAUGAUGUGAACAUGAAAGAUGCUUUCUCUAAAUAUACGAACGAUGUCAUUGCCACAUGUGCUUUUGGAAUCAAGAUCGAUUCUAUGAAGAAUCCAACGAAUAAGUUUUAUGUUUACGGCAAAGAAGCGACCAACUUUAUAGAGGAUCACUUCGUAAAGUUUAUUUUUCUUAGAACAUUUCCUAAUCUCGGACGAAUUCUCAAUUUAAAAAUUAUAAACGAUUAUGUAUCGCACUUCUUUAAGGACAUUGUAAAGACUACAAUUGCUACUCGUGAUGUGGAACAUAUUACACGUCCGGAUAUGCUACAGUUAAUGAUGGAUAUCAGAGGCAAAGAAGGUGAUAGAAAAUUAGAUAUCGAUGACAUGACUGCGCAAGCGUUUAUCUUUUUCUUCGGUGGUUUCGAUACCAGUUCAACCGUGAUGUCCUUCGUAGCUCACGAAAUCGCAGCUAACCCAGAAGUUCAAACCAAAUUACAACAAGAGAUUGACAAGAUUUUAAACGAAUCGAACAAAGAAGUGUCUUACGAAGCCAUUAAUCAGCUUGAAUAUUUAGAUGCGGUGAUAAGCGAGGCGCUUAGAUUAUAUCCACCAGUCGCCUUCUUAGAAAGGAUAUGUGAAAAAACUUAUGAAUUACCACCUGCAUUACCGGAUGAGAAACCUGUUAUCGUGAAGAAGGGUAUGCCUGUCUGGAUUCCGAUUUUGGCAAUCCAUCGUGAUAAAAAAUACUUCGAUGAUCCGGAGAAAUUUUAUCCAGAAAGAUUUUUAGACAGCAAGCUUCAUAAUUAUUCAUGUUAUAUGCCAUUUGGAUUAGGACCAAGAAUGUGCAUAGCUAACAGAUUUGCCAUGCUGGAAGUCAAAGUCUUGCUGUUUCAUUUAUUAGCGCGAUGUGAAUUGAAACCUUGCGCAAAAACUGAAUCCCCAAUAAAAUUCAGCAAAAGUCUGAUAAUGAUGCCGGAAAAUGGAUUUUGGUUGAAUAUUCAGCGUAGGAAAAAUAUGCAUCCUUUGCUGGAGUCUGCAAUAGACAACUAAGUAUUAGAAAACAUUUCAAGCAGUAUAAUAAUGUAUAAUACCUAUUU